GGAAGCUGGAGACACGUAGAUUCCACCUGGCCAGGUAUUUCAACCCCUACAAAGAAAAGAAAAAGAAAACGCUUCGGGAACAUUUUACGACCGUCGGAAUCAUAAUAAGCGUUUUUCUCAUCGAAAAUAGGGAAUACUCGCAAACCCUCGCUCAACGUGAAAAGAUUGUGGGUGUGUAGGAGUACUUUGCGUGACUGUACAGACUGUACGGUCAAUGGCCGUUACGGCGCGCUCGCCACCGAUUCAAAGUGACGCGAGGUACUGCUGCCACUAACGAGACUCGAAACGCCAAGAUUCGUUUAAUUUGUCGGCUGUGGAAUAGACAGUAACUGUGAACGUUGAAAAUGGAGCAGAUUGUGAAAGACGCUCUGGACGAGGCUGUGGAGAGAUUCUGCAACGGAGAAAAACAGUCAGAUGACAUCAUCCUGGCGACGGUGUCUGCCGCCAUUUCUGUUGAUGGCUUCCAACAGGGCGACGAGGUGGAGCUGUCGCAGUUUCAACUGGCGGACCCGCCGAUUUCUUGGAGAGUGAAGAUGCAGGUGGAGGCUGGGGACGUGGUCCGGAUCGUGCUGAGCGAGUUGUUCGCGAGGGACAUGGCGCGCCUCCGCGUGCAGGGGACCGUCCACCUGAGCCGCCGCGACGACUUGAUGGACAACGGGGGCGAUGCCGAUGGCGACGUGGACCUGGGCGCCGACAGCAACGAGUCGACCUGCUCGUCGUCCAGCCGGCCGAGCCAGGCCGCCCGGGACCACCCCUUGCGGGGGCAGCGCAGCCCCGUCGUGGUGGUCACGGACCACCCCAUCACCAUCGCCAGCGUGCACCGGUCCGCCGUGUCGCAGGUCGGCGUGCACAUGGCGUCGUUCUACCUGCAGCCCGGCCAGCACCUCCAGGACGCGGACAAGGGCGACAGCUCGGAGGAGGAGCGCUGCACCGAGGCCGCCGACUGCGACGAGGUGAGCCUGCAGAUGCUGGCCAGGCUGAGCGCCGACUUCGGCCACCUCCUGUCGACGCAGGGCUCCUCCGACGUCGUCCUGCGCGUGGGUGAGCUGCCCGUCAAGGCGCACAAGGCCGUGCUGGUGGCCAGGAGUGAGGUCUUCCGCCAGCUGCUGGAGCAGGACGACCGCCAGGGCGACGACGCUGCGCCGCCCUCCUCGCUGCAACAGCUGCGGAUCGCGGACGCGCCCCGCGAAGCCUUCCUCAAGGUGCUGCGCUACAUGUACACGGCGGACGUGUCCGCGCUGUCGGACUGCGAGACCGACGUGCUGGUGCUGGCGGCGCGCUUCGGGCUCACCGACCUGGCCGACGAGUGCUGCCGGCGGCUGCUGGUGGCGCUGGACGCCGACAACGGCCUGGCCCUGGACCUGCUGGCCUUCGCCGAGCAGCACGGCGUGGCCGCCCUCAAGGCGCGCGCCCUGCUUGUCGUGGUCGAGCACCUGGGCGAGGUGACCGCCACGCAGCGCUGGCGCGACUACAAGCAGCGGAUGCCGUCCCUCGCCGCCGACCUGCUGGAGACGGCCGCGCGCGUCCUGGUGCUGCGCAAGCCGUGA